CGCGCUGUUCCACUCAGUUCAUCGUCGACUCUUGUGUACUCAACAAUACCCAGAACAAAAGGCAUCUGAGAGGCUCCACAUUUUCAGGGAUACCUCACUGUGUCUCAGUGGCAUCCACGUCACUUUAGAUUUUUUUUUCUAAUAGUGUAUUUUCUAAUGUGAAUUAUCUCAAAACAUCUAAAAGUCGUACUGUGAAACAGGGUAUAUAAUUACUCGGAGAAAAAAGUGCUCGUUCGGAAAAUCUCUUAACCAUUUUGGGGUGAAUUCUUUUUCGCCUAUCGUGUGAUACUGAUACGAGAAAAAGGGGGCGUUUUCGUAAACUAUAUUUUCCAAUCCAAACCAAAGAAAGAAAAAGAAGUAUUAAUAUUUUGAUAUAUUCAAAAAUUACAACAAACAAGAAAAACAAACCAAUGAAUUUAGGUUUUAAACGCGAAAAACAAAGAUUUCUGCCAAUUUCGCAUAGACAAUGUCACUACCCCGAGAAUGGAGCGUACAAGACUCGAAGGAGUCGAUAUAUCGAUCCAUUGCACAUCAGCAGUCGUGGAAUUUCCCCGAAAUUGAUCGCAUGCCAUCGAAGAAAGAUGCUUUCAAUUUCGACUGCGACGGUGACUUCAAGCAUGUGCAACAGUCCGUUAAUUCGCCUUUACUCCUUGGUGAAUGCAAUGGAUCCCUCUUUUCCAUCCACUCAGCACCACCCGUCGCUCAGGGUGGCACCGACUCUCCACGACGACCAGUCUCUCUCGCCAUCGACCCUCAAUGCUUUCCGGUUGUUGCUCUGCCCACAAGUGAACCCGAUGAGGAGGACAAUGAGAACUUGUUGACCGUGUCCAGUCUUACGGCAAGGCCGUUAAUUGCGAAAUCGCGGGAGUUGAAGAGUUUCAGUAAAUUGACCGAAUACCGGAAAAAGGAAAAUCGUCUUGAGGAUCCUCCGGAUGUUCACAAUUGCACCUCAUGGUUGAUAGUGUUCGGUGCAUUCUCGGUUCAAUUUUGGGUAGCUGGCUUAGUAAAGUCGUAUGGAGUGCUCCAUGUGGAGGUGAUGGAAACUUUUCCUCAAUCCUCCGCAGCUUUGGCCUCUUGGAUUCCGGCUAUACUCUCAGCGCUGUGUUUGGUGUUGGCUCCAAUUUCAAGUGCCCUAUGUCAGCGUUUCUCAUGCCGGACAGUAGUCUUUGUUGGUGGGGUGUUUUGUGCCCUGGGCCUUACUUGCAGCUACUUCGCCACCAAUCUGAUUCAUCUAUUCUUCACUUUUGGUGUCCUCACCGGUAUUGGUGGUGGAUUAUCUACCACCCCGGGCAUUAUAAUCGUGUCCCAAUAUUUCGACAAACAUCGUGCACUUGCAAAUGGAAUAGUUGUAUCUGGAACAGCAGCUGGGAGUUUCGUUUUUCCCAUGCUUAUUGAACGACUUAUUCAUGCGUUUGGGUUCCACGGUACAAUACUAAUUUUGGGUGGAUGCAUGCUUCACGUCUGUGCUUCGGCCAGUCUCUAUAGACCGAUUGAGACAGCAGCAGAACACGAAAUAUGUUCCACGAUUUCAUCUCAGCAAGUAUCAUCACGUCUUAAUACUACAUCAACUACCUUGAGCUCCUCUGAGGAGCCUCUAAAUACGAAGAAGCAUCUCAAUCAUCUUUUUCUUGAAGACACCAAAAAUCACAUCAAUGACCUUUACAACUCCAACAAGUUCAUAAAUAUCACAGAGAAAAAUCUCCAGGAAAACAGUGACGAUGAGUGUAAAGAUGUCGUUGGCGAAACCAUAUUCAUGAAACCCAUUAAGUCCAUGCGAAGCUCAAGCAUUCUUCAUUCAGUUGAGGACCUCAGCACAGAUUCCACGUGUGUUUAUAAAAGCAGGACAGGGUUCGAUUCCAACCGUGGAAGCAGACGAAGAAAUAAGAAUGCGAGCAGUACUGAUGAAAUUUUGGCGAAAAUCCCACCAGCGGACAAUAAUAUAUCUAUUCCAAUGACCACAAAUCGAGGAUUGAGUAAAAGUAUGAUCAUCCCCACACCUGUCAGUGAUUUCUCCGACUAUGACACUAGUCCCAAGAAAACGCGCCGUAAUUCUUGUAUAAAGUGGAUUGAGAAAUAUUUGGACGUUAGUCUACUGAAGGAGCCAGUCUUCAUCCUUAUGUGUUUGUCUGUCACGUUGAUGUCCACUGGGAGUCCCUAUAUGUUGUACUAUUUGCCAGCGUACGUCCUCUCUGCUGGCUACACAAAGACAGAGGCUGGAUACUUGGUAGCUGUAAGUGCUGCACUGGAUUUACUGGGACGUCUUGGCUUUGGGUGGCUUUCAGAUUUGCAGAUUUUUGAUAGGAAAAAAGCCUAUAUCACCUGUAUUUUCGGGGCUGGUUUGGCAGUCCUCAUAAUACCCCUGGCGAACUCCUGGUAUGUGUUGAGUUGUGCUGCAGGAACUUAUGGUUUCUGUCUUGGCAGUUGGUAUCUAUUAAUGCCGGUGCUGUUGGCUGAUAUAUUUGGGACGGAUCGUAUAAGUUCUAGUUAUGGCCUGGUACGGAUGUUUCAAGGUGUCGGCGCCAUUUCGGUUCCCCCUUUGGCUGGCUUCCUGACAGAUUUGUCUGGUGGGUAUGAGAUUUGCUUCUUCUGCAUGGGAGCCUGUAUGAUGCUGGGUAGUUUGCCUCUCUUGAUUGUCUCGCUCAUGGAAUCGUCAUCCAACACCAGUGAAACAGAAGGAUCGACAGUGUCAUAAAGUUCACGUCCACGUAAAAAUUCUUCAAAAUUUUAAAUGGACAUUACUAAUAUCUUAUUUCAGGAGCAAGUACAUUAAAAAUCGGAACACAAGAAUAAAUUCUCUUAAAAAUUAGUAAGAAAAAUAUUUUGAGCAUGCCUGCUAUUAAUAUAACAUGUACUAUGAUUUAAUUUUUCUAUUAGUUAGAUAACAAGUUUGUGAACAGGAACAGUUUUUGUGUUAUGUUCUUCACAAUAAAAUUCUCAUUAAAUAGUUAUUUGCACAUACUUGCUGCAAUAAUAAUGAUCUCAAAAACAUGAUAUACAGGAAAAUGUUUGCAUAUUUAAUUAUUUAAACAUUGUUUAAAAUUGCUACGUCAAAUAUUAGAAUUUUUAGCUGGUUAUGAAAAACCUUUAAGAAGAAAAACUCUAUAUUGAGAAUGUCAGUAUUGGAAAUGUAAUGCCAAAUCGUGGAAUAAUAAAUACUAUUAUUCAUCGUAAUUGAACAUGAUUUUAAUUACAAAAUUAUAAUACAAAUUUUAUGAGUGUUUUAUGUUUUGAUUUCAAGUAAAAGAUAUAUAUUCAUUUGAAAUGAGUAUAUAAAUAUCUGGUGGUUGAAAUUAAUAUUUAGCCAAUCAUAUAUUGAUGAAAAUACAAAAUGAACCAUUAAAAAUGAG